GGCGUUGGAUCGAAAGCUCGGCGCCUCUCGGUGGCGCUUCAGGACGAGUUGCUGGUUGAUGAAGAACCUUUGGACGCGCAUUUCAGCACCUUGUCUCGGAUCGCCCAAAAGGAAAUUGGCUCAGGCGGCGCUGCUGUCGUGCGGUUGAUGAAAAGCAGGACUGCUGGAAAUGGGCUGAAUAAGGUCGUCGCCGUGAAGGAAUUCAGGCCUAGGGACCCGGACGAAGAAAGCCAGUACGACUACGAGCGAAAGAUCAAAUCCGAAUUCGCGAUUUCGAAGGCAUGCCAACAUCCAAACGUUGUCGAGACGUACCGACUCUGCUACAGCAAGGACGGCCUUUGGUAUCACGUCAUGCAGUACUGUGAAGUCGGCGACCUAAAUGACUUGAUAACCAACAGCUCCCUAUCGCGAGAGGACCGCAACUGCAUGAUGAAACAAUUGGUUAGAGGCGUGGAUUACCUACACAGUCGCGGCAUUGCUCACCGAGAUUUGAAGUCCGAAAACCUGCUGGUCACAAAUGAGGGCUGUCUCAAAAUCGCGGACUUCGGCACAGGCGAAGUCUUUGCUGGAGCUCAUCCAGGCGUGCGAAAGUGCAGACGACAAAGUAUCGUCGACGCAAAUGAACCCAUACGAAAAUGUGCUCCAGGCUGGGUUGGAAGCAGGCCGUAUAUGGCACCUGAGAUCUACCAAAGACUUGGACCAUACGAUCCACGCGCUGUAGACGUAUGGUCUUGUGCGAUCGUCUAUCUCACUUUGUGUUUUGGUGGCAAUCCUUGGGACUGUGCGUCGCCGGACUGCAAGAAUUACAGCAUCUACUGUGGCACAUGGGACGAUUGGGCGCGCAAGUUUCCAGAUGAAGAGAUCAAGAAAGGCCGACCUUUGCCUGGGUUCGUCGCCAGCAAGAAGUUCAAAAUGCUCGAUGAUCCUGGCACGAAGACUUUUGUGAUGGGCAUGCUGCACCCUAAUCCAGACAAGCGAUGGUCAAUCAGACAAGUUCUGGAUUGCCAGACAGUCCACGAGUACGCAUGCUGUCAGCAAGACGGCUACAGCGAUGAUAUUAAGACGCGGCAGAAAAAAGCUGCGCACAACCACAAACCACCUGAGAAGAAAGGCCACAAAUUCCUGAAGACCGGCAGCUAGGUGGACAUGAUCUGAGCAUGACUUGGGGAUUGUUUGCGUUAUACAUACUCGUACAAACUUGCGAGUCUAGCUUAUCGAACCGUAUCUUUGGCACUGUGGAGCCCAGAUUGAUAGAGACGCUGGCGAGUCCUACCAUCCCGCACUAUGUACUACCAUAACUCCCACACCGCAUCCGGAAGCACCUUGCGCAUGAUGUGCCAAUGUCGUUGAGCGCUCUCGGCUUGCACACUUGCCCACGUAACCUCGUCUCCCGGCUCCAGCAAUUGCUUUGCUGUAGGAUCCACACUCGGGAACGGGAUCUCCAUCUCAGGUCUCGGUAGUAAAUAAUGCUGCCUACUCAAGCUCCCCAAGAAGUCCUUUUCAGUUGGUGCUCGAAAAGAGAUAGGAGGGGCGCCUGCAUUCGCGUUACUCUCAUUGUCAUCACUAUUACGGCAGAAGACGACCAUAUUCAAGAAAUCCUGGUCUUGAGCGAUUUUGCUAUUGGAGUGUUUUCCAGGCGGAGCAUCACGGAAAAUCUUGCAUUGGUUUGGCGUUGCACGAAAGGCGUUCGCGAUGGUGUUCAGGACCAGACGCGUUAACGGCAAGGAUAGAUCUCCUGCAUAGUUGAUGGCCAUGCGGCCCGUUUUGGGCUUGAGCAAUGUACGCAAGUUGCGUAGAAACUUCGUAUUGAAGAGAGCGAGAGGCUCCGCG